UUGAAUGCAGCAUUGCUAACAGGAAAUACAGUGUGCUCCCAGUGUUGUCGUGCAGAAGCUAACCCUGUGCACGGAUUAGACAUCUGUUUCUAGAUUAUUAAACACAAUAAUAAUGUCUUUUAAAAGGGAAGGUGAUGAUAAAAGCCAGUUAAACAUCUUAAAGAAACGUCGUGUGGCUGAUCUCCUGUCUCAUUACAUACCAGAGGAUGAAGCAGCUCUGAUGAAGAAUGGCAGAUACACUUGCCUCGUGUGUUCCUACCGCCCAGUGUUUGACACAGUGGACAUCCUGACAGUCCACAGGAAGGGGAAACGACAUCUGGAAGGAUUAAAAAUCAUUCUAUGGAAAGAAAGCACGACUGAAGAUGAAAUAACCAAAAGGCAACAUGAGAACUACGUACAGAGCGAAGACAAAAGAGAGGUUGGUAACAUGACCCUCGUCCUCGGCCCCGUUACUGAGCAAACACGGAAGCUGACGUAUCAUGCACUACUGAAGACGGCGCCGUAUAACAGCUGCCAUAGAAAGACCAGCACAAAAUGUGACAAGGACUGCAGAACUCUGAGUCAGAACCAAGCAGACACGUCUCUGAUAACUCAGCACCUGAACAAGAAGCAAACUGCAGCUCUCACCCUUCAUCACAGGGAAGCUAGUGAAUGCACAGCAGCCAAUGAAGAGUCACAUCAAUCAGUGACACAAGAGGAACAACCAAUGACAGCAGAGAGGAGGAAAGAGCUUGAGCACUACCUCAAGCUGAAAAGCAACGGCUGGCUGCAAGACCGGAGCGGCAAGUGGGUGAAAGAUGACAACGUGGAGUUUGAUUCAGAUGAGGAGGAGCCUCCUUCACCGCCCUCCCUUCCUGAGAAUCACUUAGAGGACUAAGAACUGACGGGAAAACACAGAUUAGGUUGUACCACAGAGGAACAGUCAGAAGCUGUGGAGCUGUUUGAAAGAACCGGACCUCUAUGAGCAAGAAAUGAUAGAUCCAUCAACCAGGAAGUGUUCCUGGACUUUUAUGCCUUCAUCAGAGAGGAUAGGACAGACACUGGGAGAGAGAGUGGGGGAGUGACAGGUGGGAAAGAGCCGCAGGUUAGAAUCAAACCUGGGCCGCUCGUCUCCAGGACUGCAGCCUCUGUAUGAGGUGCAUGAUUCAACCACCAGGCCAAACUGGGACUCCUUAAACUCACAAUUUAAUAAAAAUGUAUAUUUUCACCCUGGUUUCUAGUCUUAAAAUGAAGAAUUCUCAUUGCUCUAU